GCGUGCGUGACACAUCAAAACUUGAUGAAAACAGACAGCUCAGUAGAAAACAGGCAGUGGUGCUCAGGGAUUUGUGGUUACAUUGCUGUCAGGAAGGCACUAUAACUCGGAAUUAAUCAGGAUUACUCGAGAUAACAUCGUUGGAUCCUACUGCAAUAUAACUGUGCGAAGAAGAAAACGGGAUUUGGUUGUUAAGAUUUCACCACUGUCAGCUGUAGACUUUUUUCUUAGUGAUGGAGUUUCCAGAUUUGGGAGAGCACUGUUCUGAGAAGACCUGCAAACGGUUAGAUUUUCUUCCUAUGAAAUGUGAUGCCUGUCAAGAGAUCUUCUGCAAGGACCACAUAACCUAUGCAAAUCACAAAUGCAUGUCGUCCUACAAAAAGGACAUCCAAGUCCCGGUAUGCCCUUUGUGCAACAUCCCCAUUCCUGUCAAGAGAGGAGAAAUGCCUGACAUUAAAGUUGGAGAGCACAUCGAUCGAGACUGUAAAUCGGACCCUGCACAGAGAAAGAGAAAGAUUUUCACAAACAAAUGUUCAAAAGGAGGCUGUAAGCAGAAGGAAAUGAUGCGAGUGACCUGUGACCAGUGUCAUUUAAAUUACUGUCUUAAACACCGGCACCCACUAGACCAUGAUUGUAAAACUGAUGGGAAACCACUGUCCAAAUCAGGACAUGCUGCUGUAAUGAGGACCCAGGGUGCUUCCUCCACCUCUGCCUCUGGUUCUAGCUCAUCUGGUUCAGGAUACUCUAGACCUGUAUCUAAUGGUGUGAGUGCAAACAACAGAAGCCACAGCACUGGCCCAACCCAGCGGAUUCCUACUUCCGUUUCAGCACAGAAUGUAAUACCACCAUCAGCAUCAUUUCAGGCCGGAAUGACGGAGGAGCAGGCUUUACAAAGGGCUCUGGAGAUGUCUCUGGCUGAAUCAAGGCCGACAGUACAGCCGGCCUUGACCCCUCAGGAGCAGGAGGAUCUGGCUCUCGCUCAGGCCCUUGCUGCCAGUGAAGAAGAAUACAGACGUCAGCAGCAGAGACAACAGGUACCCGGAAAGCUUAGCCGUCAGUAGCAUGCUAACAGGAACACAUGGAGGGGAGGGAGUCCAAACAGUCCAAUUGCAGCCUUUCUUAAUCUCGGACCACCAUUUAGACUUCAAGCUGUGCUAACUAUCUACUAGAACCUGCACAUCUGGAAUCAUCGAUAUCCAGGAUCAAUGAUUGUUAAAUGAAGAAAAUCCUUCUUGGAAGUUGCUGAGAUGUUACCGCCUUCUACAAUAUAAGCACAUUCUUUCCCAGCAGGAUCUGUCAUUUUUACUAAUGCUUCACUCUGUACAUAUUUUAUAUGCCAAUCAUGAUGGAACCAUUAUAUUACCAUAUAUGAAUAUUGAAUAAAUUAUUUCAAAUGAUGCACCCUGAA